AUGGCCGACCUUGACAUAGUGAACGCUAGGCGACCUCGACAAUUUCGCAGGAUAGAUAGACAAACGGACGAAGACAACGAUGAGGAAGUACGUAAACGGUAUAGAUUCACUCCGCACAACAUAGACAGAUUGGAACGACUGAUAGGCCACAGACUUGAGCGACCGACUCGCAGAAAUCAACCCUUGACACCACGGCAACAGAUUAUGAUUGCUUUACGUUUUUACGCCACUGGGAAAUUUUUACAAGUAAUAGGGGAUAAAUUUGGGGUAGAUGUUGCCACGGUUUCAAGGGUUGUAACUGCAUUGACCGACUGUAUUUUUGACAUGAAGGACAGCGCGAUUCAAUUUCCGACGACAGACAGACAUAGACACAGGACUAAGACUGGAUUUCAUGCCAUAAGGGGAUUCCCGUCCGUGAUAUCAGCGGUAGACGCAACGCACGUAAGAAUACAAACGCCCAGUGAGGACGAGGAGCAGUAUGUCAAUAGAAAACAUUUUCACAGCAUUAACGUGCAAGCCAGCUGCGACCAUAGAGGUGUAUUUACAAGCAUAAAUGCCAUCUGGCCGGGCAGUACGCACGAUGCCCAUGUAUUUAGGACCUCGGAAUUGUUCCACUUCAUGGAAACACAUCAUCAUGGCCUUGAAGAUGGCAUACUGCUAGGGGACAGUGCCUACCCUUGCAAGCUUUACAUGCUUACCCCAUACCUGCACCCAGGUAUCCCUAACGACGCAGAGGCCGUCCUCAUCAGCGCUACGACAUUACAACCGCCGUACAGUGAGAAAUCGGCUAAUAGAGCGGGGCAUACGCUGCAUGAGACCUAUCGUGACAUGAUUCUCACGUGGCGUCACCGUCAAGUUUGUCGUCAGGGGACGGUCGACAAUCGUGCUCGUUGA